CAGGUGGCCAUGAAGGUGUUUAAGUCCUAAUCAGCUGUUAGUGUCCUGACUGACGGCUGGUUUCAGUAGUAUCAGUGACAGGGAAGUGUUACAUUUAGUCUCAGAGUUAAUUUCCAGCAGCCUUGCUGGCAGACAAUGAGACAUUGUACAAGAACACAGGAAUGGGACCUAUACAUUAGCUACAUGAUCCUUCAAGAACUGGCAUUAUAUACGAACAGCAACAAAAAUGACUGGCGAGUGUGAGAUGGACAAGGAACAAGAGCAGGAACGGGAGCAGGUGACCGUGGUGGUGUUGGGUGAUCUAGGUCACUCUCCCCGCAUGAAUUAUCAUGCUCUUUCCCUCUCGGAAGAAGGAUUUGAGGUCAAUCUUGUGGGAUUUGCUGGCUCAAAACCACAAGUAGAAGUACUAAAAGAUGAACAUAUCACUCUUACAUAUAUGAGACCUUCUCCUAAUGUGUUCAACAAGUUACCUAAAUUGUUAGCAUUUGUUGCCAAAGUUCUCUGGCAAGCAUUUAUUUUAUUUUUUACUUUGCUCACGAGACCAAAAAGUAAGAAACUACUUCUGCAAAAUCCUCCAGGAGUUCCUGCCAUGCCUGUGUGUUGGCUGUAUUGUUUACUCACAAGAACCAAGUUUCUUGUAGACUGGCACAACUAUGGCUAUUCAAUUCUUGCUCUCUCUCUCAGGAAGAACCAUCCUUUGGUACACAUUUACCGAAUUACAGAAAAGAUAUUUGGUAAGCUUGCUCAUGGUGGGCUGUGUGUUACCAAAGCUAUGAAGAUUGAUUUAGAAAAAAAUUGGGGCAUUCGGAAAGUAACAGUAAUGUAUGACCGUCCAGCUGCAAGAUUCCAUCCAAUAUCAGUAGAAGAAAAACAUAAUUUCCUUAUGAAGUUCUCUUCUGCUUACUCAUGUUUUUCAAGCUCCUCCCCAGAUAAAACUGUUUUUACUGAGAGAUAUGCAGAUGGUAGGGUUUCUGAAUGUGAAGACCGACCAGCUCUUGUAGUGUCAUCCACAAGCUGGACAGAAGAUGAAGAUUUUUCAAUCCUCUUUUAUGCCCUGCAAGAUUAUGAGCGGGUACGGCAGGAGUUCCCCGAUCACUACCCCCCUCUUAUAGUUGUGGUAACAGGCAAGGGUCCCACGAAAUCUUAUUAUGCCACACUUAUAUCUGAGCGGCAGUGGUCGCAUGUCGUGGUCAUCACCCCGUGGAUGUCUGCUGAGGACUAUCCCACAUUACUUGCUUCAGCUGAUUUUGGAGUGUGUCUGCACUACUCCUCCUCAGGACUAGAUCUACCCAUGAAAGUGGUGGACAUGUUUGGUAGUGGCAUUCCUGUUGCUGCCAUUGAUUACCCUGCUCUCCCUGAAUUGGUACACCACAAUGAAAAUGGGCUAGUAUUUAAAAAUAAGGAGGAACUUGCCAACCUUCUGCAAGAUUGGUUUCGUGGAUUUCCUAAGGAAACUGCAGUAAAAGAAACAUAUUAUGACUUCUACAAGAAUAUUGAGGAGUUUCGAAAAUUAAAGUGGCACCCAUGUUGGAUGUGUAAUGCUCUUCCACUAUUAAGAGAUGGGAAACAGAAGAAGAGUAAUGUCAAAGAAUAUUGAUAUAAUAACUUUUUAUUUAAUGUGGAAUUGUUUCAGUUAACACAGUGUGUCUGAAAUCAUGAUAUUGCAAGACUGAUUGCUUCUUUGUAUGGCAAGAGUACAAGAUCAUUAUAUACUAGUUAAAUACGACUAUUGUGAACGUUAAGAAAAUAUGUUGAAUAUUUUUAUACUUACAAAAAAUAUCCUGUUGAUUCCAGUAGUGGUACCAGGAAAUAAUGAUAGAGGUAUAGUAUAUUGUUGUAAUAUUAGAUUUAUGGGGUUGGGGAGUAUAGCCACCAGCAUUUACUGUAGAUAUUUCAAACCCAGACUAGUGAAAUGUAAAAAGAAGGUUUUGAAUUACAAAAUAUUUUCCUUUCCAUAAUUUUUACAUGAAAUAUUGAUAUUUUGAUACUGCUGUUCAUUAUCUUAUCAGCCUUGAUAUUCUUGUAAAUGGAACACUGGGUAUUGAGAGUAUUGGUGGGCUUUUGUGCAGGAUUAGGUCAAGAUGGUUUGGGUAUGUGGUUAGAAUGGAGGAGACUAAUAGGGUCAAGAGUUGGAUCAUUCUUAAAUGUAGAGGAGAGGAGAGCUGGGGUAGGCUAAGAAUGACGUCAGAGUUAUGAACCCAACAAGAAGGGCUACAAGAGACCUUGCAGAAUGGAGACCUGCCACCAAGUAAUCACGUCUAACCCACAAAAGCGUGUUAAAUGGCCAUAAAAUGCUAUUGAUGAUGUGCUUCUGUUUUAUAUCAUAAUAAGCAGAACAUGAUCUUUAAUAAUACUGUAUAUGUAUAAAUCAUGUAGAUUAAGUCACCUAAAAGUGUAAUUUCUUUGUUCCAAAUUAAAUAUUUUGUUUUUCUAA